AUGAAAUCUAAAGUUGAUUCUCAACCAGAGGAAUCGAAUACCGAUAAUGACUUUUCUGAGAUGUCUGAUACAUAAGUAAGAAGAAGAGGCCCCUCUCCAAAAAAAGUCAUUCAUAAAAAUAAACUGCCUAAUUUAGAAAGAAAUGUCCCUAUAAUUAUCAAGAAUAAUAAUUUUGUUGUAAGAACUAUUUGGACAAUUGUUAUGAUUUUGGGCUUUAUGGCUGUUUUAUGGGCAGGCCAUAUCUAUAUAAUUGGAUUAGUUUUGCUUGUUAAUAUUGGAAUAUUUAAGGAAAUUUUAGGAUUAAAAAGAAACUAUGAAAAAGAGCUGAAUAUCAAAUAUUCUCCAAUAAUUAAUUGGUACUUUUUUGGAAUAGCCACUUUUUUUUGUUAUGGAAAAUUGCUUCAAUCGAAAUUAUCAGAAUAUACAUUUAAAAUGAAUAUGUUGUAAUUUAUUUUGAAUUAUCAUAAUAUUGUUACUUUUAUGUUAUGGGUGGCAGGAUUUUUGAUGUUUACUUUGUCCCUUAAAAAAGGAUACUAUAGAUAUCAAUUUAGAAUGUUUGGAUGGACACACAUUACUUUAAUCCUUGUCGUUGCAUAAAGUUCAGUUAUGAUUAUGAAUAUAUUUGAAGGCAUCGUUUGGUUUAUAUUACCAUGUUCUUUAGUAAUAACAAAUGACAUAUUUGCAUAUAUUUUUGGAGUGUCAUUUGGAAAGACUCCAUUAAUUGAACUAUCGCCAAAGAAAACAUGGGAGGGUUUUAUUGGAGGAUGUUUUUCAACAUUAGUUGCAUCUUUUUGUUUUGCAUAUUUUCUAUAAGGGAGCCAAUAUUUGACUUGCCCAUAGCAUUAACUACCCUUUUCUCCUUUUUCUUCAUUAACAUGUGAUAUCCCAAGUGUUUUUAUAUCCACUUAAAGAUAAUUGCCUUUUUAAAUAUUUGGAAUUGAUUCUGUUUAUUUCAGUGAUUUCUAAAUUCAUGCUAUGGUGUUUAGUUUAUUUACAAGUUUAGUAUCGCCAUUUGGUGGCUUCUUUGCAUCUGGUUUUAAGAGAGGUAUUAAAAUCAAGGAUUUUGGUGAUACUAUCCCAGGACAUGGAGGCAUCACUGAUAGAAUGGAUUGUUAAAUAUUAACAGGGAUGUUUUCAUAUUUGUAUUUGCACUAAAUUGUCUUACCAAAAGCAGCAACUUUAGGCACAGUACUUGGUUAUGUGUCGUAAUUAUCCUUCAAUGACCAAUAAGAAUUAUUUGAGCAACUUAAAUAGACAUUAUAAAUUAAUCAAUGA